AUGAGUUUGCUGGAUGUACUAGAGACUACAUCAUCAGCCCGGUAUCUGGGUGUCGAUAUAUCGGAUAACUUGAACUGGAGCCAGCAGAUAAGUCGGGUCACAAACAAAGCAAACAGCUCCCUCGGCUUCCUACGUAGAAAUAUACCGACCAGGAACCAGCAGCUCCGGUCAGCAGCAUACAAAGCAGUGGUACGUCCACAGCUACAGUAUGCUGCCAGCGUUUGGGACCCUCACUUGGUUACACUUAUUAACCAAGUUGAGGCUGUUCAACGCAGAGCUGCAAGGUGGGUGAUGUCAGAUUUAGAAGAACAUCAAGUGUCACAGAUAUGCUACAAACCUUAUGUUGGCGAAGCUUGCAACAAAGGAGGGCAGAUGCAAGGCUUGUACUUAUGUACAAGAUCGUGCAUGGACUAG